UAUGUUAUCGUUUAAAGGUUCAAUUAUUAUUACAGUUUUAUUGGUUGUAAACGCCGAAACUGACCUUCUCCAGGUCCAUGAAAACCACAUUAGCACAAUCAAAAAUUCCUUGACAAAUAGUCGAAUUUCUGCAGAAUGUCUUCAACAACUAAAGUUUUACUUCGAAGGAUUAGUCAACAAGGAAUUGUGGGCAUGGCAAAUGUUAGAUUCGCACGGAAGAAUUCCUUCAGGAAUAUUAGUAGACAACUUUUACGACUUAGGUAAUUAUGAUGAGUGCUUAAACGUCAAAAGCAAGAACAUCAGUGGAAAAUAUUGCCUAGGCACAAUUUCCAUGCCUCCUGACUAUAAUAUAGCUCAACCACGACUGACUAAAGGCGGACAACUAAGAAUGUUAGGAAAUGAUCCACAGUUCACCGGUGUCCACUUAGCCGCUUGCUUACCAAGUAAAUGUACUGCUGACGAUGCCUCCGAAAUUCACAUGCUGUCAAAAUUUAGUGAAAAAUAUUGCUACGAUACGGACACACAACAACAGUUGACUUCAGGUGCAAUAGCUACAAUAGCCGUUCUAAGCUUCUUCUUGUUACUGGUCGUGCUUUCCACCUCCUACGAUGUUUACCUGUAUUACAACAAUUACAAACCCGGCAGGGAUAUUUCAGUCGCAUUUUCAUAUUUUAUCAAUGGCAGAAAAUUGCUUCAAUCUUCUAAAAGUGCUGACCAGCUACUUUGCUUGAAUGGACUGAAAGCUAUUAGCAUGAUGUGGAUUGUUAUGGCACAUGAAUAUGUAAACGGAUCUACGGGAGCUGUAGCUAAUUAUUCAAAAAUCAGUGAAUUCACCCAACAAACUGCAAACAUGUUCGUGAUAGGAGCUACAGUUGCAGUUGACACUUUUUUUGUUAUUGGCGGUUUGGUUACCGUUUACACUUUCCUCAAAGCUGUUGACAAAAAUGUAAAAUUUAAUAUUAUCCUCUAUUACAUACAUCGGUACAUUCGUUUAACUCCAGCAAUGGCAAUUGUGGUUUUAAUACAUGCAACCUUACUAAACUAUUUUGGGAAUGGUCCUUUAUGGAAUACGUUUGACGAUCACUUGGUGCAACCCUGCAGAAAACACUUCUGGGCUGCUCUUCUCUAUAUUCAAAAUUACGUCCAUGAUGAACAAGCGUGUGUACCUCAAACUUGGUAUUUGUCCAUCGAUAUGCAACUCUUCAUUUUGUCACCAAUAAUUUUAAUACCGAUGAAAAUUAAACCAAAAUUGACACUAAUUGGUUUGUUUAUACUUACUUUAGCUGGGAUUCUCGUUCCGUUUUUUGUAGCUUUUUUUGAAGAGCUUCAGGCAUUUUUAAUUGCAGACAAGGAUAAUGUUCAGAAAUACAUGUUCUCGUACUAUGAACAGACCUAUGGUAGAUUUGGAGCUUACGUAAUUGGCAUGAUUUUGGGUUACUUCAUUCACAAAAUUAAAAAAGAAAAAAUUAAAAUCAACCUGAAACCCAUAAUGGUAUUAACGCUAUGGAUAAUGUGUCUGGCCGGUGGUUUGGCUUGUAUUUAUGCAGGACACGGUACAAUGCUUUCUGCAUACAACAAAUGGUCUCACUCCUUGUAUAUCGCCUUCAACCGACCGGCUUGGUCCUUGGCCAUUAGCGGUAUAAUUUUUUUAUGCGUCUCGGGUUUCGGGGGACCAGUUAAUGUCUUCUUGUCGGCUCCGAUAUUUCAGUUUUUGUCGAAAAUUUCGUACUCCAUCUAUCUCAUACAUUACGAGUUGAUACUCCUUCGUGCCUGCUCGUACAAAACGGAAAUUGUGAUAGAAGACUUCUACGUGUUUUUCAAUUUUUGGGGCGAUUUUAUUUUUAGCGCUGCUCUAGCGGUGGUGCUUUGUUUGACUUUUGAAUCUCCGAUGAUUGCGAUAGAGAAAUUGCUUUUACAUAAAGAACCCAUUCAAACUAAAUUAAAAUCAAAUAUGAGUGCUUAAGUUUAAAUAAGUCUAUUUUAGUUGCUAACACGACUGAAUUUUGAUAUAGCUGUACCUGUACCUGU